AUCGAACAUUAGAUCUGCAUCUAAUCCUUCCUCAGUUGAGUUCCUGAUAGUCGAUCAUUAAGCACUUACCUCAAUUAGCCACUUAAAACAAUGAUUAUGUGCCUCGAGCCUUAAUUCUAGCUCAUACUGCGACGAGGACUAACGUCUAAAAACAAUGUACUACACACUGGCAUGCUUGAGCGCAGCGUUCCUCUGCGCGUGGGCACUGACGUGGCUGCGCACGCGCCGCGCCCGCGCUUGCUUAGCCGGCCUGCCCUGCUACCCGACGCUGCCGAUAGCGGGGAACGCACUCAGGCUUGCCACAUCCACUGAAUCCAUCUACCGCAUGAUAUUGGAUUUAUCAGAGAAGAGUGACAAGAAACAAAAACCUUUCCUAUUCUGGUUCGGGCCAAUACCGACUGUAGUCAUAAGCGACCCGGACUCUGUGAAGCAAGUGACCAACGCGUUCAUUGAAAAGCCAUUCUUCUACAAAUUCGGUCGAAUAUGGAUCGGCGAGGGACUCGUCACGGCAAGUGGACCAGUAUGGAAAAAGAACAUAAAGAAAUUAGCCGGCACAUUCGUGGGCCCCAUAGUGGAUGGAUACCAGGGCUUGUUCAACGCGCAGGCACAAAAGUUGGUGGACAAAUUGAAAGGCGAGGUGGGGAACGCACCGUUUGACAUCAUGGAGAAAUACCUGACGUUUGCUACGCUGGAGUCUAUAUGUCAAACAGCGCUUGGCUUCCCAAGCUCAGACCAGCUAGUGACCCCAGAAUACUACCAGGCCUUCAGCAGAACGUUGGAACUGCUGGUACGGAGAGGCGUCAACCUCCUCAUGCAUCCCGACUGGGUGUACCAGAUGACGCCAAUGUAUAAAGAGCUGGUGAAGUGUGUCAAAAUACUGCACAAUGUUUCAAACACGGUGAUAGCCAAAAAGAGGAGUGAAUUCAUCGCAAUGAAACAGAAUGGCACUUCAAAAGAACAAAAUAUUGAAGACGGACAAACUAAAUUCCGUUCAUUUCUAGACAUUAUCCUAGAACUGAGCGAAGCUGACCCCUCCAUGACCCAUGACCAAAUCCGGGCAGAGGUGGACACGAUCAUAGUUGGAGGACAGGAGACUACGGCCACCACCCUCAUGUAUACCAUCCAGAUGAUCGGCAGGUACCCUCGAGUGCAAGAGAAGCUUUACGCUGAGCUGCGGUCAAUAUUCGGAGACAGUAAACGGCCAGUAGAAAAAAAAGACUUGGCACUCAUGACGUACUGCGAGGCAGUUCUUUCAGAAAGUCUACGGCUCUACCCGCCCUUGCCGAUGGUGGCCAGAGAGGCAACACAUGAUCUCCAGCUUAAGCAUUGCACCAUCCCAAAAGGCGCAUCAUGCUUCGUGAGCACAAUAGGCGCUGGGCGCUCCCGACAUAACUGGGGGCCCGACGCGUUGGAGUUCAAGCCGGAACGGUGGCUGGACGGGGCAGCGCCCGCCGCGGCUUUUCUGCCGUUUAGCUACGGGAAAAGAUCCUGCAUAGGUAAAAGAUACGCCAUGACCCUCCUGAAGACAAUCCUAGCAUAUUCUCUAAGAGAGUUAGAAUUCGUAGCCGAGGCUGAAGAACUGCGAUUCAAAGUAGACAUCGCACUCAGGCCCGCUAGCGGCCAUUUUGUACAAGUGAGACUUAGGAAGUAAACGACUUAGUAAAUAACGCCACAGGCCCGCUAGCGACUAUUUUGUACAAGUGCGAAUUAGAAAGUAACGCCACAGGCCCGCUAGCGACCAUUUUGUAUUAGUGCGACUUAGUAAGUAACGCCACAAGCCCGCUAGCGACCAUUUUGUACAAGUGCGACUUAUGAAGUAACGCCACAGGGCCGCGAGCGACCAUUUUGUACAAGUGCGACUUAUGAAGUAACGCCUCAGGCCCGCUAGCGACCAUUUUGUACCAGUGCGACUUAGGAAGUAAAGUAAGGUAGUGCUUGAUUCUUUUUAUACUUACGUUUUAAUUAUGCAGAAUAGCAUUCUGUAUCUCAGGCAGAUAUACAUAUACUUAUUUAAGAAACAUAAAAUAUUGAAAUAUCUAACACUAGCUAACAAUUUUAAAUCAUAUUUUUUGUCGCGUACUACCACUAGUAAUAGUAACACACUACCGCAUUAGUAUUAGCGUGCCGCUAAUAAUGGUAAGCGCCGACCGCCAUAAGGUCCCAUUUGAUUUGGACAUAUGGUAUACCCUAGACAAGAUAUUAAACCAUUAAAAUUAAAAUGAUUCUAUUCAAUUAUUAUUAUACUCUCGCAACGAAUGAUGGUCCCUUUGACAGUCCAUUUUAUAUGGAGUAUUUGUGGCAUUAUCUAGAAAAGGGACCUUAUUUGUCGAUGGCGCUUACGCCGCACUGCGUCGCGCGGCGUUGUAUUUGUAUCGGAGCAUCGUUUAUUACGGCGGAAGCGCCAUCGACAAUAAGGUCCCUUUUCAUAGAUAACAUCACAUUUGUAGUUUUUUUUUUUGGUUUCUUCAAUAUUUUUUUAUAAUUAAGCCCAACCCAAAGGAGCAUGAAGGAACUGUCGUAGGGAAGGAAUUGUCAUCAUUCAACGCGACAGGUCUAUUCCUGUAUACCUAUAGGUCUAUACCUAUGUAUAGGAUUGUCUUUUUAUUAAUGCCGACGAUGUGGAUGUGUAAUAAGGAAUGUAAACUAUCCGCCAUUCGUUACAUUUCGACUUGGUGAGAAGUCUUUAUUAUUUUUGUAUUAAUAAACGUAUACUUAGCAACAA